AUGAUUCGCUUUAUCCUCGUUCAGAACCGCCAGGGCAAGACCCGGCUGUCGAAGUGGUAUGCCCCCUACGAAGAUGACGAGAAACUAAAGCUCAAGGGAGAGGUCCACCGCCUUGUGGCACCCAGGGACCAGAAAUACCAGUCCAACUUUGUCGAGUUCCGCAACUUCAAGAUCGUGUACCGUCGCUAUGCAGGACUCUUCUUUUGCUUGUGCGUCGACGCCAACGACAACGAGCUCGCCUACCUCGAGGCCAUCCAUUUCUUUGUCGAGGUCCUCGAUGCCUUCUUUGGAAACGUCUGCGAGCUCGAUCUCGUCUUUAACUUUUACAAAGUCUACUCGAUUCUGGAUGAAGUCUUUCUCGCGGGCGAGAUUGAGGAGACCAGCAAAAACGUGGUCCUCACACGACUGGAUCAUCUCGAUAAGCUGUAA